UCCGAAUUCGAUCUCAUGGCCUACGACCCUUCAGGCGGCUAUGCUGCUGCCGCCAGCAACAUCCCGGACGCCUUCGACCCCUCACUACCAGUCUUCGACGUCCAACGAGUGCAGCUCCGCUUCGAUAUAUCCUCCGACUUCGUCGCUGCCCAAGUCGCCAAUAACGUCCUGAUUCUCGCCCUUUCUACCGGUCGUAUCCUGAGAUUUGAUCUCGACAGCCCCGAGGAUAUCGACGAUAUCGACCUUCCCAAAAAACCCUCCGAGAUUGGUGUCAUCCGACGUCUGUUCCUCGACCCUUCGGCCUCCCAUCUUGUUAUUUCGACCAUUCAGNGGGAAAAUUACUAUCUACAUACUCAGUCCCGAACCCCAAAGCCGUUGGCCCGUCUGAAAGGUGUUCAGAUUGAAUCAAUUGCUUGGAACCCUUCACAACCGACCGCCUCGACCAGAGAGAUUCUGAUUGGUGCUUCUGACGGCAACAUAUACGAAACAUACAUCGAGCCUAGCACAGAGUUUUACAGAAGAGAAGAAANNAAAUACUUGAAGACCCUAUACAAUGUUCAGGAUGGUCCCGUCGUCGGUCUGUCCGUCGACAUCUCCUCAGAUGCGCGCAGCGUUCUGGUAGCCACACCUACAAGAUUGUUACUCUUCGUUGGGAAGGGCGGCCGUCAAGACAGUGGCUCAAUCUAUCCUAGGCUUCUCGAGCGGGAGACACCUUUGGUACACCAUCUAAAAGAUGCGACUCCCGGUCCUUCAACUUUGGUCAACAUUUCGGAACCAGCAGAGGCAUCACUGGCAGAGUCUGCCCAGGAGAAUGUCUUUGCUUGGCUGAACUCUCAGGGUGUAUUGCAUGGAGACUUUGCUGCUUUGGUUCAAAACGCAGAAACGGGUCCGUUCUCGGCAGCAAAAUUGUUGCCAAAGUCGGUCAUCCCUCCUUCUCAGACCUCUGGAGGCCGAAACAAGCCCUCCGUGGAAGUUGUAUCGUCCAUCUCUCUGACACAGUUCCACAUCCUCCAUCUAAUCGAAGGUCGCGUCGUCGCAAUCAACAGGCUUGAUGGUAGCCUGGUCUAUGAUCAGCUUGUUCUAGAACCUGGUAACGCACCCCUUGGUCUGUAUGCGGAUCACAAGAAAAAUACUUACUGGCUGUUUACUCAGCGUGAGAUCUUCGAAGUUGUUGUCACAGAUGAAGCCAGAGACGUGUGGAAAAUAAUGCUCCGGAAUGAGCAGUUUGAUGCUGCAUCACGCUACGCUAAAACUGCAGCACAGAAGGAUGCUGUAGCUACUGCGUCUGGAGAUUAUCUUGUCUCUCGAGGCCGCUUCUCAGAAGCUGCGACUGUGUACGGCAGAAGCACCAAACCAUUCGAAGAGGUCGCUCUUACUUUUAUCGAUCAAGGAGAGCAAGAUGCUUUGAGGAAAUACCUCUUGACAAAACUCUCUGUCCUCAAGAGAUCCUCAACAAUGCAAAGGAUCAUGGUUGCUAGUUGGUUGGUCGAGCUGUUUAUGGCCAAACUGAACCUCCUAGACGAUACGAUCUCGGCCAAAGCGGAGCUCUCUGAAGCAGCUCCUAUUGCCAACGUACAAGAAGACCUUCCCUCGAUGCGUCGCGAGUUCCAAGAAUUUGUCUCUAAGUACAAGUCUGACCUGGAUAGAAAGACCACUUAUGAAUUGGUCAGUAGCCAUGGCCGAGAAGAAGAAUUGCUCUACUUCGCCAACAUCAUUGACGACUACAACUAUGUUCUAUCGUACUGGGUGCAAAGAGAACGAUGGCAGGAGGCAAUGUCAGUCCUCAAAAAGCAGACGGAUCCUGAGAUUUUCUAUCAGUACAGCAGUGUUCUGAUGACACAUGUUGCUGUUGAGCUUGUGGAAGUCAUGAUGCGACAAAACAACUUGGAGGCUAAGAAACUUAUACCAGCUCUCCUCAACUACAACAAGACGGCAGACGUCCCAUUAAACCAAAAUCAAGCCGUUCGCUAUCUCCAAUUCUGCAUCAAUCAACGCCAUUCAACAGAAACUGCAGUUCACAACACCGUGGUUUCGAUAUAUGCUGCGCAUCCAACUCAAGAUGAGACUGCACUCUUCCAGUAUCUCCAAACACAGAGUACCUCCCAUGAGCAGAACUAUGAUGCAGACUUUGCUCUCCGCCUCUGCAUUGCCCACCAGCGCGUUCAAUCAUGUGUGCAUAUUUACUGCACCAUGAGCCAAUACGCUCAAGCUGUGGACAUGGCGCUUAAGCAUGACGAAAUGGAUCUAGCAGCGAACGUAGCUGACCGACCAGGAAACGAUCCUGCCUUGCGCAAGAAGUUGUGGUUAAAGGUUGCCAAANAGGUCAUUGGCCAGAGCAAAGGCAUCAAGGCCGCCAUGGACUUCCUCAAGCGCUGCGAAUUAUUACGUAUCGAAGACUUGAUCCCCUUCUUCCCAGACUUUGUGGUCAUUGAUGACUUCAAGGAAGAAAUUUGCGCCGCUCUUGAGGAAUAUUCACGACAAAUCGAGGGACUGAAGCGGGAGAUGGAUGAGAGUGCGAACACUGCGCAACACAUCAAGGAAGAUAUCAAGUCCCUCGAUCAGAGAUACGCUAUCGUCGAACCUGGUGAGAAAUGCUGGAGCUGCAGGCUUCCCCUAUUGAUGCGCCAGUUUUUCGUGUUCCCUUGCCAGCACUCUUUCCAUGCCGAUUGCCUUGGCAAGAUAGUGCUUCAGAGUGUCGGAAUGGGCAAGGGCAAGCGCAUCAAGGAGCUGCAAACUGAAGUCGGAAGAGCUGUUGUCACAGGCAAGAAACGAGAACGCAUGGUUAAGGAGUUAGAUGCCCUGGUUGCGGGCGCUUGUGAAAUGGCUGUCAAACGUAUUGACGAGCCCUUCGUGACCGCCAAUGAUAACAAGAAUGAGUGGGCCAUCUAA